AUGAAUAAUAAUUACGAGGGCAACAACACUUCCCUUAACCUAAACCCAAGAAAGAGAAGCAAAGUGAUAAACCUAGACCUAGUACUCGACCCCAACAAUUUGUCUCCAGUUUCUUCCCCUACAAUUCUUUCUCCUCCUUUGAGCCCCAUGGCAGCCGCAGACCAACGUGUCUUUUCUUGCAACUUCUGCAGAAGGAAGUUUUACAGCUCACAAGCACUCGGCGGCCAUCAAAACGCCCACAAACUCGAGAGAACGCUUGCCAAGAAAAGCCGGGAACUCAGCUCGCCCGUCGUUAGGCCCCACUCGGGCUCCAACCGGCCCGGAUCCAGCUACGACCCGUUUUACGGGUUCAAUACGGGUCGGGUUGGAAGAAACGAUCCUAAUUAUGGAUGGAUUAAUGGUGGCGAUGAAUACAAUAUGAGUAGUAGUACUCAUCAAGAAGAACACGGCCAGCUUGAUUUGUCUUUAAGGCUUUGA